GGAGGAAGAAAACCAGAACACUGGAGAAGAAGAGGACGGAUCUAAAAUGUUGGAGAGAGAAGAAAAGAGGAAGGCAAACAGAGAAAAAGAAGAAGGAAGGACGAUGGAAGAAGAAGAAGAGGAGGAAGAGAAAGAAGACCAGCAGGAGGAUGGACACCAGGACAAGGAGGAAACAGGACAACAGAGGAUGGAAGAACAGGAGGAGAAGAUCGACCAGGGAGUGGAAAUGGAAGAUAACAAGGAGGUGGAAGAGGAGGAGGAGCAAGAGAGAGAUGAUGAAGAAGAAAAGAUGGAGACAGAGAAAGAAAGAAGGCAACUAACCACUGCUGAAGAGGAAAAGACUGAGCAGAAGGUGGAAAUGGACAUCAACAAGGAAGAAGAGAUGGAGGAAGAGGAAGAAGAAGAACAAGAGAGAGGUGGAGAAGAAGAAAACGUGGAGACAGGGAAAGAAAAAUGGCAGCAAGCUGUUGUUGGAGAAGAAAAGAGUGAGCAGAAUGUGGAGAUGGAGGUCAACGAUGAAGAAGAGAUGGAGGAAGAGGAAGAGAGUGAGAUGAAGGAAGAACACGAGAGUGGACAGAAUGAAGACAUGAGCAGAGAAGAAGAACCCCAGAGCCCGUCCCCUCCAUCUCCUCCCCAGGCCUGUGCAGACCCUCUGCAGGGUGAUGGAGCAGAAAGAGGGGGCGGAGCUAGCGGACAGGACAACGGGGACGUUAACGCCACCUCAGCGGGCAGAGACAAAGACGAGCAGGGAGCAGUCCCUCUGACAGACACCAGCCCUCAUGUCUACACCGCUCUGGACCUCACAAACCUCACAGACCAGGACAUCCAGGGUCUGACAUCACUUCCUGCUCACGGGGAUCACGUCGAAGUCGCAGAGGAAGCCGUGGACGAGGACGCCUGGGAAAUCAUCACUGAUCCACAGACAGAUCACAGACUGCAGACCCGGGGUCACGGCUCAGUGAUGUCCACGGAAGCACGACGACUAGAGAGCGGGGAGCCCAGUCCGGCUCAGAACUCAUCCAGCUCAGAAAACUCGGCGAUGGAGGCAAACAGAGACAUAGAGGAAGGAGGUAAAGACUCUCACAGGAUGAACUCAAAGGCCAACGCAGCAGACGACAAGAAGAAUGGCAACGGUCAGUGCUCCAGGUACAAAACUGUGUCCUACCGGAGGAUCCGCAAAGGAAAUACCCGGCAGAGGAUUGACGAGUUUGAGGCCAUGAUGGACUCGUGAGCCAGGCCUGGAAAUACCAUCAGAGGGUUCAGCUGAUGGCUGUGAAUGCACGUAUUGAUUCUUAAAAAUAAUAGAGUAGAGGACCCAGUAUUGAGCCCUGUGGGACGCCAUAACGAAUGUCUACUCAGUCUGGUAAAAAUCAAAUGAAAGCAGGUCUAGAAAUAGCCUGAACCUUAUAGCUGUAGCUUGUUUAUGUAAUAUUUUGAUGCAAUUUUAAUAACUUAAAGCAUCUUAAAACUGUGUUUUAGUAAAUACAGG